UUAUAAACUGUCAGACAAUCGCUAUCUUUGUGGCUUAAUAUUUCAGCGAAAAAUCUUAAGACUUAGGAGAGGUAAGAUAUUUAGUAUACUGUUCACUGCAUCUGCUCAACAAAUACUUUAAACACAUCGAUUUCAAGCGCUAUGGACGGUGUAAUUGCAGAAUGGGAGAAGUUUGAGGAUUCCAAGAAAUAUGAAGAAGCAUACUCUGUAGUAUCCAAUGCAAUAAUUGAUAACGAGGAUCCCGAAUUGUACUGGAGGAAGGCUCGUAGCUGCAGAAAUCUAGCUAACUCACUGGGUAAAAACGAUAAACAAGUGUAUAAAAAGUACAUCGAAGAAGGUCUUUCAGCUUGUGACGAAGGGCUCCGAAUAGAUCCAGAAAAUUCUAAGUGCAACUCCUGGUACGGAAUAUUUUUAAACUUAUCAUCAGAAAUUGAGGGAAUAAAUAAGCGGAUAGAAAAUUCUUUUAAGAUGAAGAGCCAUUGGAUGAAAGCCAUAAAAUCUAAUCCUGAUGACUUUGUUACAUUGCACGCUCUUGGGAGAUGGUGUUUCGAGGUCACAGAUCUCCCAUGGAUAAAGCGUAAGUUUGCCGCUACCUUUUUCGGUGAACCACCUACGUCUACCUACGAAGAAGCUCUUAACUAUCUCCUUGAUUCAGAAAAAAAGGCUCCUGGAACUAUCGUAAAAAAUUCUCUUUAUAUAGCAAAGACGUACCACAGGUUAAAGAAUUAUGAUCUGGCUAAGCAUUAUUGUCAGAAAGUGUUGGAAUUUACGGAAGAUGACUUGGAUACUGAAGAGGCAAAGAAGGAGGCGUCCGAGCUGUUAAAGAAACUGUAAAGUGUUUUCUCAUCCCUUCAAUUAAUUGACAAGAUAUCGUAAUAGCUUAUAUCUUUCUUGAGAUCAAGUUUUUAAAUCAAUUUUUAGUGUCAUUAUCCAUAAUGUAUAUUGGUGUUUUUGGCAAUAUUAUGGUGACACUUUCAUUCAUCCUUUUUGAAAUUUGUUAGCUGUUUUGGUAGUUUAAUUGAGUUGUAUUGUUGGUUUAAAUCUUCCCAAUGAUGUUUAAGAUUUAAACUAACGUAGUUAACUCCGGCUGAUGAGUCCAGAACAAAACGAAGCGCGCUCCUUGAAUUCCAAUGAUGGCCACCAUCUAUUCCAGCUUAUAAUGUCUUAAUGAAGGUUUUGCUUGAUAUCGUGAUGCAAAUCAGUUUUGUAUGAUAUUAAAAAAUUACUUGUACUCAAUUCCAUAAGAUAACGAUACAGUCGUCUAAACCGAUGUGAAUUUUUGGCUUGAACAUAUCCUACAAUCUGGAGGAUGUUUGAUUUAUUCACUAAACCGUAUUUGGACUCCAGUAUAUGAAACGAAAAUGCACAAAAUUCUUUACAUUUACCUAUGUGUUUCGAUUAAAGAGUUCACCGGCUUGCAAAGGCAUGUGCGUGUUGCUUACUGUCUUUUAUAUUAACUCAUUUUGUGAUCUGUACUUAUUCAGUUUUCAUCUUAACCAAUUCCAAUUCACCUACCUCAGAUUUGACAACUGGCUAGUAUUAAUACUUUUCAGAAGAUAAAAAUUGUGACCCGAACUCGAAUAAAUCUACUAUGCUGAACGGGUUACGUAAUGGCAUUCAUAAGUACAUAAUGCAAACAGGAUAUUCAAAGUUUUCAAGAAAGUUUAUGCAUCACAUGCUUCCAGACACUUUCUAUGUUUUAAAUUAGGUUUUGGGAUAAUAAACAGGCGAAAUUCAUAUGAUUAUUCAUUAAUUAAGGUCACUAAACCAUGUUUUACGUAUCCUAUAAAGGUGUAUAUGUAAAAUCAGUUCUAUGGGAUUUAAAACUAAGUAACGACUCCUCUGGAGUACAACUUGGGUGUUGAACCGACUCGUUUAAUAGAAAAGUAUUCAUUACUUAACAGAAAUAACCAUAACAAACAUAUAAAAGUGCCGUUCAGUCAAUAUGAAAGACAAGGCUCCAGGCCUUUUUACCUGUAAAUAUUACCGUAAUAAAUACAUAAUUUUCAUGAACCUUUUUCAAAAACUAUAUAAAUUUUAUAAAGCUUUUGCACCGAAGUUUUGUCGUUUGAAUUUUAGGAUUAGAUAUUAAGUGAUAGGUUUAAGUGAACUGAAAAUUAAGUAAACCAUUGGUACUUAUUGAUAUAUUCCCAUCUUACGUUAUUUCAUUCUAUUCGAUACACACAAAUUCUUGUAAGACUAGGCACUAGAAAAUAGUAUAUGCCACACAAGUAAAGAUAUCAUGUUGUAAAAAAGUAAAAGGAAAGGAAGUACAGUCGUUCUAAAAAAACUGUCAAGUCCUGUAUUAGACAUAUUCAGAAAUUUGACAGGUUAGCAGCUAAUUGAGACCGCUCAUACAACGGAACUUUGAACUGACACAGGCUCACAUUAAAAGACAAGUUGAUGUGCGAAGUAUCUAAAUCUUGUGGAAAAUGUUUUGUUUGAAAUAUACAGCGUCUGAUAGCAUCCAAUUAACCUGAAAGGAAAGGUUAUUAUAAAAUUAGUAAAGUCUUUCCACUGCGAUCUUUUAUUUUAAAAUGGCAGUAUGUUUACAAAUUAAGUGAAAUUUAUUGCUUUUUAUACGGAAUUCUUCAAUUCUAUGUAAUUAACAUCCCAUUCAUUAUAGAAUGUUAAAUCCCUGUGAAAACGUAUGACAUAACUUAUUUACUUAAGGAAGUCGAAAAUUCUGCAGUAGGUAGCAUAAAUUAUCUUCAGCCCAAGAUGUUAAGCAUUUGAGAAUGUAUCUUUAGCUUUGAUAGGACAAUUCAGAAAAGUUUGAGUGCUUGUUUUAAGAAUAAAUGCCCGUUUUUUUUAACUCGAUUGAAGUGUUCAGUAGUCUCAGUUAAGAUGUAAUUUGUACAAAAUCCACAUAAAUUGAACUACUGAUUAAUAUUAGAAAUCUCAUGCUUAGCAAAUGAACAUCUACUCUCCCUACUUAAUCAUGUAUUGAUCGAUAAAAGAUUUUUGUUCUCAUUAAACGUAUACAAUAAUGAACAUGACUGGAAGUUUGUUACAAGCUGUUUUUUACAUUUGUCAUUGUACAAAUUUUACAUUCUCUUAAUGUGGUUUAUGUGUAACUAGAGAGCAUUUGAAGCAAAUAAUCUAACUCUAUUGGCAUUUCAAAUGUUUCGAUUAAAUCUAAUGUAAUAUUGAUGUAAGUGAUUUCGAGAAGCUGAAAUAAAUAUUUUUCUUAAUG